UUCAAGCGUUCCAAAAGUAUUUUUUAUCAACAUGAAAAAAACGCCAACUUAAUUAAUUGCCAAAAAGCGUUAUUUCGUUCAGAAUUUUAAUACAGAAUAGUAAAAUGGCUGUCUCUGAUAGUGAUUAUCCGCCCGACUGGAAAGAUGAUGUUCGUAUGAAUUUCCUUUUUAGUACUUUUAAAGAAAAAUAUGUAAACCCUGAAGGAUGGGAUGCAAAAAUGAACUUUUGGACUCUUCUAAUUCAGAGAAUUUGUCUCAAAAGUACAUGUCCAUUAAUUAAUGAAGCUAUAUUAUGCGCAAAGUUUGAAAGAAAAGGGAGACAACCUCAAUGUCUUGAUGUUGUUUUAGACCACAUGUUAAGCCAAAAUCUCAUAGUGAAUUUCAGUGACUUCAGUAAGAUAGAGUCUGAAAAAGGUUGGAUUGGUUGGGGUUUUGAUAUUGUUGUUCAGAAACCUAUGAGAUGGGGAUUUUCUACUGUUCAAAGCCUCUUACGAUGGGCCAAGAAGGAAGAAAAAUUUAUUCUACUUCCAGUAGUGAAAGAUCUGGCAGAUAAAGUUUUGCAGCGCCACAGUUUGUUAGUAAAAUCAGAACUAGUUGAUAAUAUAAUUUUUUUGGAUGUGUUUGAAGAACAGUGCAAAGACAUUUGUGAAAAUAUUAAUUUCACACUUGCUGUGAUGCAACUUCAGAAAGACUGCAGUGUUCAUGUGUUUGAAGAUGAUGGACGAAAAGUUAUAAAGUUUAGAAGAUCUAGUGAAAUUAAAGUCAAUAAACUUUCAGAAGUUGACAAAGGUGUUCUAAGUCUUCGAAAAGCCAGGGACUCACUUUUGAAUGAUGUUGACAGACUUGAAGACGACAUAAAAAGUUGCACCCAAGAAAUAAAAGCUAUGGUAAAAGCUGGAAGCAAGACGAAAGCUAUGGUGCUUUUAAAGAGGAAAAAAAGACUAGAAGCUUGUCUUGCGAAGAAAUAUGUCGCUUUUGAUAACAUAGAAGAUCUCCUCUGUCAGUUACAGAAUUCGGGCUCUGAAAAAAUGGUUUUAGAUGCCUAUCGCACCGGUGUUCAGGCCAUGAAGGCAUCUAUGAAAAUAGAUUUGGAUAUAAACAAAAUUGAUGAAACAAUGGCUGAGGUGGAAGAGGCUGUUGAUGAUUACUCUGAAGUUCAAAAGACUUUAUCAAGACCUGUGGGGGCUGAUAAGGAAAAUCUAGAAGAGUUUGAAGAUGAGUUAGCUGAACUUCUAGCAGCAGAAAAAACUCCACAGGUUAUAAAGGUGUCAACUGAAAGACCUAAGGAGAGAGAGAAAUCACCAUCGGAAAUUCACCAUGAAGAGCUAAUGAGAAGAUUAGAAGCGCUACGAGGGCCUCCAGAAGGUGCUCCUCCUACAAAGAAAGCAGCUGAAUCAAAACGACUGCUUGCCUAAUAUAGAAUAAUUAUUUGAUUAUUUGCAUUUCUUACAAAAUGUUUUAGUGCACAAUUAUUUAUUUUUUUUUAUGUUGUAGUUUUCUUCUUACUUGUGAUUGAGUUUUAUGCAACUUUGAAUAGCUCAUAAUGUAAUGUGAAAGAUUAAUACAAUUUUAAAUAGUUUUGUAAUUUAUUUUAUAUAUUGUAAAUAAAAACCAUUUUAUGAACGUAGUACAUAUCUUUUAAAUGUUGUCGUUGGGUGAGAAGACAAAAAUCUUUCCAGGCUAGUGAAAAGGUUAUACUUUUCACUAGUCUGGAAGGUAUUAACUCUGUAUGGAUUGUAUAUGGGCAGUCUGUGUGCGUUAUCACACUAAUUUUAACAUUCAUUGUUUCCUUCCCUUGAUUGUUGAUCUGAAUAAUCAUUUUGUGUUUGGAGUUUUCUUCUUCUGCAUUUUAUUGUUUUAUGUUUGUAUGUUAAUUGAAAAAUCUAAUAGAAGUUUGUUAAAUUAUUACAAACUAUUGUGUGAUACAUUUUCUGUGGACUGUUUUAAGUUCAGAACUUUGUCGAACCAAGGGGAAAGGAAGGAAAAAAAAGAGUGAGAAAUGAUGUUUUUUUAUUUUUACUAAAAUAAAACUUUUUAUAUUGCCUGCAGUCCUGUUAAGUAUUAACUUGAACAAGACUUUCCCAGUUUUCAGUUCAAAUAAUCUUCAAAUCUUAAAAUACUUGUUGUUCUACAGUAUACACAUUACUUAUUUUACAACUAUAUGAGGCAUUUACAAAUAUUUACAACGGCAUCUGUGGUGCAUGGUUUUGUCUUUAAUAAGGAGAUAUUUUAGUGCCAUGGACGCAGAAUCUAUGGUCAAUGCCACUGGUCUCAUGUAAUAAUUAGCAAUGUUUAUGAAAACCUGUGAAUUUUUUAAAAUAUCUUUGACUUUGACACUGUAUUUUGCUGACAAUGUUUGAUGGAUGUUUUGUGUGCAAAAAAGCAAGAAAUGUAAAAAUUGUGCAAAUUAUCGCUAGAUUAGCAAUUUCUUUCGAUUUUGAAUUAACACUUGUCUGUUUACAGGCUUGGAUCUGUGCAAUCUCAAACUCCGCAGUGCGGGAGAGGGGAGCACGUCCUUAAGGGGCCCAAAGGCCCAUGAAAUGGGAAAAAAAAUUGAAAAAAAUCAAGAACGGGACUUAUGAACGCUACAAAUACACAAUACUGACUUCUGUGGAGAGGCCCUAGAGAUUUUGUUGCAGGAAACCCAAAAUUUAUUGAUCUGGGUCUAUCUGUUUACUUCUUAGGUAGAUGCUUCAUAAGAUGAUUACCCAAAGCCUGCAUGAAAGACUGUUAGCCAUUGGUUAAAAGUUAGCUUUCUUCGGUCUCUUUUGAUAUGCUGUGCUUUACUGAGGGAAAUGGAGGGGGGGGGGACCUAAGUAUAUUUCGUCAGCAGUUUCACUUUUAUUUUUAAUAAAUACAUUCAAUUUGCGAUAACUUGAAUCUAAAGGGACUGACAACAAAUUUCGAUUUAUCAGAAGUUCGAAUUGCCACUAGUUUUGGUUUUCAACAUUUUAGUAUUAAAAACCAUCGAAUAUUGUAAUUAAUAUGUACAUAUAUCAGACAAAAUAACACAACCUAAGUGUUUUUAAGCACAAUAUGCACAGUGUAAUCAAAAAUAUUGAGAGAAAAAAAAUCAAAAGCAUGGUUUUGAUUUAGAUACUGCUGGAACCACUUGAAUAGAGCUGAUUCUACUUCAGGAAAGGUGCACAUCUUCUUUCGUUUCAAAUUUGGAUUCAUGGAUUCUACCGCUUUAGAAGUUUCUCUUUUUCUUUUAAUAUCAUUGACAGAGUGUAUUUGCUUAGACACAUUUCAUAGUAAAGAAAACUCACUCUGUCUCUCAGGAACUUACAGCAAAAUAUUGAACUAAAGAAUGAAGGGAAACGUAUCUUAACUUAGUUCAGACUUUAAAUAAAGGUACAAUCAGUUGACUUGACAGCUUAAAAGCAAAUUCGUAGUCCAGCAACAUAUCAAAGUGUAAACAGUACAGUAAAACAAAAGAAAACAAGCUACCUCAUUUUGGCAUGUGUAACUCCUUUUUCACAUUUUGGCUCAGCUAAGUCCCCAGGUACUCUUCUUGCUUUAGAGCUCUAUUGUGCAGGAAUCGCAAGUGAAGAUGAGCACAUAGUCUUUUAUUUCUUUUUCUUUUUUUUUUUUCAUUCUUUCAAAAUAAAUUUCGAGUCAUCUUUGAAAAAACUUUGAGUAAAAGGAAGUUAACUUCGAGGUAUUCAAAAUAAUUAGCAUGGAAUUAAAAACAAAGGGGUCGGGACUUGAUAAAAACUUCGAGUUAUCGCGAAUUCACUGCUAUUAUUUUUGCAAAGAAUUAAGAUUCGUAAAAAAAGCACAUUCCUUAGUCUUUUUACAAAUGAAAUGUAACUAAGUUUAUGAGUUUUUUUUUUUUUAAUUUCUCUUGAGGAUUUAAAAUACUAAGUUAUCCAUAUAGUAAUCAUGCAAAAAAUCUUCAGUGAAAAAUGAGAACUUCAUCAGUUUAAGUAACACUAAUUAGAUCAUACAAUUUUACUAUCCAAUAUAGCAGUUUCAUUUUUAAUGAAUUAAAAUUUAAAAAAAAAAUGCUUUCAAAUUGCUAUUCUGAAUGAUAAUGGUCAAUUUAUACUAAACAAUUUCAAACAACAAAAAUUUUGCUUGAAGCAUUUAUGCUCGAAAGUGCCAUGAUCACAGUAUCAUUACACCUUUCAGCAAACUCUUCAUUAUCCGCGGAAUUGGGUGGCACAAGUGCGGUGGAUAAUAGAAAUUGCUGAUAAACCACAAAGAGGCUAAAAUGAGGGAGAAAUAAGGUAAAAGUUGUCCUUCCUCAUAAACUUAGCUGCAUUGCUACAUAGUAGUUUUUACAAACAGUAAAAAUACACACAGUACAGUAAAAAUGUUUGGCAUCUUUGCACAGCAAAACUUAACAUUAGAAACAAAAUGAAUGCACGAUGAAGAAAGCACAAAAAAUAAACAACUGAGUUGAAAUGUACAAUAUUUUGACAAAAAAACAGCCAUUGGUAUUUGUUUUUUACUGCAAAAAUGCAUGUUCCAGAUUGUUAAUUGACUCCAUGGAUAAUCAGUUGUUUACUGUACAUGAGAGAUAAAAAUUGAUGGUAUAUAUUUUAAACCUCGCUGCACUAAGGUAACUAUCCAAAAAAUGUUUCUUUUUUUCUUGAUACUAGUUUUAAAAAAAGUGUCCAUUAGUUUUUUUUUUUUUUUCCUCUCUUUUUUUCUAAUUCAGUUAUGUAUAUUACUCUCACAGUUGCAGCUGUCACUGAGUUUUGAAAAAAUAGUGAGGUGCAAUAGAUAUUCUCAGUGUCAGUGUAUGGUACUUAGCAUAAUUUAUGUUAAACAACCCAAAUUUUAAAAAUACAUUCAAAAACUUUUAUUGCGUGUAUAAAUUUCUUAUAAAACAUGAUGAAUAAUUAAUUUUUUACACGGUUUCAUGUUUAAAAGUUAUGCAAGCCAAUAAAUUUGUAAAAACUAUAGAUUUUUAUAAAAGGUAUGUUGAAAUGUAUCAGUAUUUGUACUUGUAUUGUAAAUGAUGUUUUUAAAGUUUGUAAAUAAAG